AUGGCCGAAGAAAAUGCGGACGGUGGCAUGUCCAAGGCUACCACGCCCACGUCGACGAGUAUACCAGCAUCUGGCCGUGAAUCCAUCUGCCCCGUCGUUUCAGUUGCAACAACCUCCAAUCUACGGGCUAACCAUGUGCUCCCUGACAGGGCUUCUGUGAAAUCUAAAUACAAGCAGCGGCGGCUUAACUUUGCCCGUCCCGCAGGUCCGACGUUGCCCGCGCCAUCGGAGACGGUCCCGCCCGCCACUCGUCAAUCCACCGACGACGAUGACGAAGCCGAGGAGAAGGGCACAACGAAGGGACGUCGGCCGCUGACUGUGGAAGAGCUGCAGCUCAAGUGUAAGGAGCAGUGGCUUCGCUACUUCCCGUGGCUCUUCAUCAGUGAGACGAAGGACGGGCGACCUUGCAUGCGCUGCAGCAUCUGUAUGGUGUUCGGGGACCCGCACUACAAGUACGGCCGUUAUGGUGAGGGCGGCCUCGACAUUCAGAAGCAGACGAUGCGCAAGCAUCAUUUCAGCGUGAAGCACGAGGCGGCGGUCCUGCAGAAGGAACAACGUGACGGCCUGAAGAAAGGGCAGCAGACUAUGGUCGCUUACGACAAGGGGGACGACGACGCCAGGCGAAUUGCAAAACUAAUGGCAAUCGCAUUAUUCGCUGUCCGGUCCGUGGUCGACAUUCUCGGGCGCCUUGUUGUUCACACGCGAUUCAAGGAGCUCCAAGAGGUCAUUUGCGAGACGCAUCUCGAGAUGCAGGGGAUAAAGGACGUGAGGUGGCUUUCCCGAGGCAAUGCAAUCCAGCGACUCGUCGCGGUGUUCCCUGCUGUUGUGAUCGUCCUGCAGGAAUUCGACAAGAAGAUGUAUAAGACCAUUGACGCCACCCAUGUGCUGCAGACGGUACACAACACCACACUGCUGCUGCGGACUCGUUACCUCGACAGCAAGGACGAGACGUUCGGGCAAGGCGGCGCGGCGCUGGGGCCAUUCUUGGCGAAACAUGCUUCGGAGGAGUGCUGGGAGGUGAAGGUCGAUGCCCCAGAUUCCACCGGAGCGCCGACAACUCACUGCUACCUGCUGCACGAAGAGGCUAUCGUGGGGCAGAAGAGCAAAGGCGACCUCAGCGCCUGCUUGAAGCUUGGGCGGGAGUUCGUGGUUGAGCUGAUUAAGCAGCUCGACUACCGACUGGAGGAUCUCGCGUCGCUCAAUGGGGCGAAGCUGUUCAAGAAGUCCCAGUACCCGAAGUCCGCGGCAAAGCGCGAGCGGCGGUUGGCGCAGUGGCUGCAGUCUCUGCGCGACAUGUACAAGAAGCAUUCCGACGAUCCUGACACUCUGCCAGGUUUGUAA